AUGCAUGCGGUCGGGCUGCACUCCGCGCUCGCAAUCCGUCGUGAGCGCAAGCGGCGAGCCGAGCAACAGCGAGCCAAGGAGCGCCGCUACUCGCUACAGUCCACCGAAUCCGGCGUCACAUCACCUCACUGCUCCACCGGCAGUCUCGAGCGACGGCGCCACAAGAAAUCGGGAACCGCCGACAAUGAAGUCGUUUCCUCUGUUGGCAUGCUCCACCUCGGAGUGGUCUUCCUCGUACUCGGCGUUUUCCUCAUUGCAUCGGGCUGGCUCCCCGACGACGUAACCGCCUGGAGCAGCAUCGGCUCCGUUAGCUGGUUCAACGAGCUCGUCUGCUCUGGCCUUUUUGCACUCUUCAUUGGAAUAUUUUUAAUCAUUCUCCAUAAAUACUUAACAAAGAGCGAAGAAGAGGCGCUAGAAGAUUACGUGCAAAAACAACUUACGCGCUCCAGAUCCGGCCAUAGAUUGGAGAGAGACGCUGAGACAGGUGGCAUGCGCACGAAAACUGCGAGAAGACUGCGAACCACGGAAGUUUUGCCUGAACCCAUAACGGAGACGUACACCGAGCCUCCGCCAGAUAGAGCACAUGGGUUUGUGAACGCAUUAGCGCUGAACGGGGACGCUAUGCGAGAGUCACCGUUAGAGCAAAUCGUCGAAGAGGAAAUGUCAAUGGCGUCGGAGAAUGAGAGAAGAUUUGGGAAAUUUAACAAAGACACGUACUCCACUCCUUCGAUGGCACCGAGUCUAAGCCCUGGAUCACCGUCAGACACAAAGGAACUACUGUCCGAUGGCCGCUACAUGAUCAUGUCCAAGAUAUGA